UGGGCAAGUCUUUCGGUUAAAUUUCAGUUCAGCUCAAAGGUCGACCCUUUAUGCUGCGGCUAAGUAUUUUAUCAAACACUUGGUCUGCAACAACUUCCGGGUUUAAGAGAUCGUACUUUCCGCAUCAGCCAGAAAUAGGUAUUGUAUAUAGAUGGCAUUUGUAACAACUGCUGAAGUCUGUGAUGCAAAUCCACAACUUAUUGUGGGUGGCGAGCUCAGAGCACUCCAGCCAAUUUUUCAGAUUUAUGGUCGGCGCCAAGUUUUCUCUGGACCAAUAGUGACCCUGAAGGUGUUUGAAGACAAUGUUUUAAUCCGUGAGUUCCUUGAGGAGAAAGGCAACGGCAGAGUUCUUGUUGUUGAUGGGGGUGGUAGUCUGCGAUGUGCUAUACUGGGAGGCAACCCUGUGGUUCAAGCUCAGAAUAAUGGCUGGGCAGGUAUAGUUGUGAAUGGCUGUAUUAGGGAUGUUGACGAGAUCAACGGCUGUGAUAUUGGUGUUAGGGCUCUGGCUUCUCAUCCAAUGAAAGCCAAUAAGAAGGGGAUCGGAGAGAAACAUGUUCCUGUGACUAUAGGCGGGACAAGAAUUUCCGAUGGGGAAUUUCUAUACGCAGACACAGAUGGGAUCCUUAUUUCUCGAACCGAGUUAUCUGUCUGAGGCUGAGCUAUCCUUUCUCUUAAGAAGGUAGUAAUUUCAAAAAGCCUCUGUUGUACUGCUCAUUAUACAGGGAGGUUGAUGCUUAUUUCUAGACUUGAUCAUCAUGAGAUUAUCACCUUUAAAUAUCAAACAUGUAAUAUUUGCUGAAUUCAGGUACGCUGUUCGGUUUGUCAUUUCUCUAUUGAAAUUGAAUUAAGCUUGCGAUGAUGUUAUUAAUUAAUUGAGACCAUCGAUUAUAGAGAA